AUGAUAGAAUCAGUAGCCAUUCGAAAUGAGUUAAGGGACAUUUAUGUCAAAUAAUGGAACACCUUGAUGAUCUGGUUAAAGGCUUUCAAGAGACUAGGAGGAGAUGAUUAGGUAAUAGAGAGAAGAAGAGGAGUAGAUGAGAAUGAAGGAGCUUAUGGUCAAGAUCUGUACAUAUUUAGAAGAUUUUUAUAUCCAAAGAAGCAUGUUGAUGUGAGACUUAUUAAUGUACCACCUCUGAGAGAAAUAUUUCUAGACACCAUUAGAAAUCUUAGAUAAUUUCAUGUGAAUAAAUUCAUGGUAAUUUAAGGGACAGUCAUUAGGACAAAUUUAGUAAAAAAUAGAGAAACUAAAAAAGACUUUGCUUGCAAAAGUUGUGGCAAAAUAUAUCGAGCUUCAUCAGAUAUUUAUGAAUUUACAAACUUCCUCCUUCCACCUAUUUGCGGAGGAGAAGUUGAGAAAAAACCUAAUCCUUUUUUCAAUAUGCUUAUGACAAUAAGAAGAAGAAAUAUGGCUCAAGGAAAUCAAAAUGCCAAUGCAAUGUUUCAAGGAGUGUCCAUUGGCCAAUGUAACGGAAAAAAUUUUGUACCAAUACAUGGGACAGCUUAGUAUAAGGACUAUUAGGAAAUAAAAAUAUAGGAGGUCUACAAAACUCUUAAACCUGGUGUCAUACCUAGAUCAACUAUUAUUAUUCUUGAAGAUGAAUUAGUCGACAGAGCGAAACCAGGGGAUGAUGUUAUGAUAAGCGGAAUAUUUAUUCAAAGAUGGAGAUCUCCAUUUAAUCGGACAGAAAGACCAUAAAUUGAAAUUGCAUUUUUGGCUAAUAAUGUUAUCCAAUUAAAUAAAAGAGACUUCAAAAAAGAAAUUAACAAAUAAGUCUACAAUGACAUAUAGAAAUUUUGGAAAACCUAUGAGCGGAAGAAUCCUGAGAAAUUGGGAAUCCUUUUAUCUGUGAUUGGAGGAGUCCAAAAGUAAAACGAAAAUGACCCAAGAAUAAGAGGUUAAAUACACAUGUUGAUGGUUGGGGAGCCUGGAACAGGAAAAUCUUAACUACUAACUUUUGCUUCAAAAAUAUCAAUGCGCUCGGUUGUCACAACAGGUAUAGGCACAACAUCAGCUGGUUUAACUGUCGCAUUAUUUAAAGACGGAAAUGAGUAUAUAUUAGAGGCUGGUGCCCUAGUUUUGGCAGAUUUCGGGGUCUGCUGCAUUGAUGAAUUUUCACUGAUCAGACAUGAGGAUAGAGGAAGUAUCCAUGAAGCAAUGGAAUAACAGACCAUAAGUAUCGCUAAAGGAGGCAUCACAUGCAAAAUUAAUAGUAGAGCAACUAUUAUAGCUGCAACAAAUCCAAGCAAAACUUAAAAAUGGAACAACAGAUAUGAUAACAAUCAAAACACAGGAAUUGCUACUUCACUACUGAGUAGAUUUGACAUGGUUUUUAUCUUAGUAGAUAUGUGUAUUUUAGAAUAAGACUUGGCAUAAGCCAAUUUUAAACUUGCCUUGACUAGAUAAGAUGAAGAGGAAGAAGUGAAUUAAAAGAUAUGGAAUAUUGAGAAGCUGACUAAGUACAUAGUAUAUGUGUAGAGAUAUAUUGACCCAGUUUGCUCAGAUAAAGCAGAGAUGAUUAUUCAAGCCUAUUUUUAAUAUUUGAGAAAUUGUCCAACUCUUGGCAAGGACAGAAAAACUGUCAGAAUGUUAGAAUCUCUUAUUCGUAUGGCUGAAGCGCAUGCAAGACUAAUGAAUAAAAAUGACAUUGAUAUUUAUGAUGCCAUCUGUGUUAUUAUUCUAUAAGAGCAUUGUAUCAAUACUGGACUUUAUAUUGAACUCCCAUAAAUCAUAAUGAGCAGGUAAACUUAUGAAAAAGCCAAAUAUGAGACUUUGAUGAAGCUUGGAUUAAAGGACUAUAAAUAUUUUGAUGAUGAUUUCGAUCAGAUUCUGACUGAAGUGCCUCAUCAACGACCUAAUAAUAUGGGUGAUGAGACAGCAUUUAUGAUGGAAACUUAUUACAAUUUAGACCGAACAGAACAUACGCAUCAUGAUAGAAAUUCAAAUUAAAGUUAGAUUCAAGACUUGAAGGCUGAAAGAAAUGAUGACUGUGAGGAUGAAAAUGAUGAUACAAUUAUGAUGUAUUCUCAAGUCUCAUAAUCAGCUAACAACAUGAGAAAGCAAUUGCAAAUGUAAUAGUCAAGAAAUUAAUCAAUGCAGAAUAGUUAGCAGAGCAUUAGCAAAAAUAUACCACCAACUUAGGAUCAAAUAAUGUGCAUAGAAGACGAUGAAGACACAGAUCAAAGUGAUGAUGGUUCCCAAUCGUAAAAGAUCUAAUCUUAAAGCCAAAGUUUAAAAAAUAAGUUUGGCAGUUUGUUUGGAAACACAACAGCUAAGCAAAAGGAGAAUUUGGAUUUUAACUUUCAAAAGAAAAAUUCAGAUCAAAGAAAUAAUUAAAAGAUAAUUUAAAGUUAAACUUAAACUGAAAUUGAUGGACAAGAUUCAUUAUCUAAUGGUAGUGGUGGGUGUACUGAUGAUUAAAGCUAAUACAGUGAGUAUCCAAACAAUAAUGAGAUAAGUAUAAAUAUUGACUAUGCAAGGGUUGGAAAUAAUAAUGUAAAUGAUGAGACUGACUAUGAUGACUGA